GUCGUUCAGUCGUAGCGCGCGCGCCGUACCGAACGGAUCGUCUAUUUCGGUUUGUUUCACCCUUUUGCAGGAGGUGCGAAACGAGGAAAAACCGCGAAGUCACGUGCCAGCUGUAGUUUUCUAAUUCCCAUGUGAUUUGUGACUCGAUGCCAAUGUUUAAACGCGUUACCUAAAUUAAAUUAAACUAACUUACUUACAACGUGAUUCUUCUACGUGACAGGUGAAAUUAUACAUAUAUAGAAAAAUAACCGUUCCUGCAGCGCGUUUCCUUCGCUUCGUUGGGUGAUUUUGCACCAGCACCGAGAGGGACCUUCUUACCUCUGCAUGCUGCAUGAAAAAGUGGACAAAAGGAGGAACACCAUAGAAAAUAUGUCCCUAACCGAGUCGGUCUACCUCGCUUUCUACGAUUAGUUCUCGACACUAUUUCUGCCUGAAUUACGCGGCAAAUACAAGCCAAGAUGGAAACCGAAGAACUCACCAGGCUCGUCGACGGCAUAUACAAAAAUAUUUUGGACAAGUUCAAUCCGGGCGCAAGGCAGCUUAUCAAUGCCGGAAAAGCGUAUCUCAAAGCUCUGCAUGGAGCCGCCGCUGCUUCCCGAGUUUACGUCGAUGCUUUGUCCAGACUGGCGCGACAGGCUCAGCUUGGGACUUGGGGUGGUUCCCAGGAUGUUGGAUCUGCUCUGAUGAGAAUCGUCGAGGUUUACAAGGAGAUACAAGAGCAGGAGAUGAAUAUUCUGAAGGCGUUCUACGUCGAUUUACUCGUUCCGCUUGAGACAAAUUUGGAAAAGGACACUAAAGUGGUUCAGAGCGAGCAGAAGAGAUUUCUACAGCAGCACAAGACGCGAUCGGAGACUUACAGCAAGGCUGCGGCUACCAUAAAAAAACAGCGAAAGAAAUCCAGAGGAGCGAGUAAGAGCGGACUGGCGAUGGACAAGGAACUUAAGAACAUGCAGAUACUCGAGGAGGAAAAAUCUAAGCUCGACGCUUUCUGCGAACAGAGUUUGAAGAACGCGAUGACUCAGGAGCGGAGGAGAUACGGUUUCGUUUUGGAACGGCAAUGCUCGUUGGCAAAGCAUUACGCCAGUUUUCACGAGGUGGCCCUCGCGGCUCUUCAUCCCUCGGUUGACGAGUGGCGCGAGGUUGCCGGGACUCGGGAGUACCUGCCGCAAUCCGUCGAGGACAUGUUCGCCUCUCGACUCAGGCAAGUCUCGUUCUGGCCCGAAGACGAGGAAAACGGCGGCUCGGAACUCACGCUUAGCUCCCAGUUACGCAAGACUCGAAGCAUGGACAGUUCUUGUCUCGAAUUGAGACUCGGACCGCCACCCGGAAAUAACACGACUCAAAACCACGGGGCUCCUCUUCAUCACAUCGCUUUGUCACGAGCGCGAUCCGAAGCCAAUCUUCACGCCUCGAGCCUCUCUCUGGGUCCAGAGGCCCCCGAAACACCGCCGAGGCCAAGAUCAAUGGCCCCCGCAUCUCGUAGCAGCGGAAUGGGGGGCGUUGGUGGAGUUGGAACGGGGGGUGGUUGGGGUGACGCGCCUUUGGCGAGGGCGCUUUUCGCCUACCUUAGUUCGGGGGAGAACCAGCUGAGCUUCUUGGAGGGAGACUUGAUCGCGCUGAUGGGUGACAGACAGAAGGGAUGGCAAUUUGGGGAGAACCUGCGCACUCAAAGCUCAGGAUGGUUCCCUCUCGCCUACACCGAGAUCAUCAUCGACGAAACUCUUGGGUCGCCGUCUCGCGCUUCCAACAGCGGACGGACACCCGAGCCGAGAGUCGUACCGCCGUGCAAACCGCCGCCUUCUCGGCCCCCCGUCACUCCAGGAGUCGAGGAGGGCACCUCGAGCAACAGCAGCCACACACCCACCAACAUGUCGAACAGCAACAGCUCCCAGACGAUCACGACGCCGACGUCUCGACAAGGCAAAUCCAUGCGGCCCUCCGGAACCCUGCCAUCGACUUUGGCUGGCGGUCGCCGAGUCCAGCCUCCGGUGCCUCCGGUCCCACCACCCCAAGCCAUCACCUCGUUGCACAGCAGCAACGACAGCGGAUUCUCUAACGAGCCUCCGGUCCAUCCGGACAUCGAUUACAGCGACGACGAGGCCAUCAGGCAACGACGAAAACCCCGAGCAGAGAGAAUCGCGGAUGCUGACAGGGUGCAGGGGACUCAACAGCACCACGCGAGGGAGGACGAAGGCACGCUGACCAAGGAGUGGCAGAACGAUUCCUGGAAGACCAUACCGAAGGACGAAAACAGCUGGCAACUCUACAAGAACGCGGUGGAUCUCUGGGACAACGUCGAUCAGGGUACGGGAGCUGGCGAUAAGCCGGAAACGCGGUAUCAGCAGUACGUCGAGCGGGAACGCGAGGAACCCGAUGCCCCAAGGGUCGCGACGAACCCCCGAGCCUAUGCAAGGAACUCGGUAGAGCGAAGCAGCAAGACGGGGGGUGGCGAUGCUUACGAGCGAAACGGGGACUACUCCAGCGACUACGAAGGGCGGCCCCGGCGACCCAGGGAACGACCGAACCCCAACCAGCGGAACAAGUUCCGGGACGAACCCGCGAGUCCUCCGCGAUACGCGCAGCGAAGAACGACGAAGGUCGCGACGCAGGAGCAGGAAUACAAGACGGAGAAGAAAGGCGGGCCCGGGAAGUACGGAGCCAAUGAGUACACUCCGAGGUACGAGAACAAGGCGAAGAAGUACUACGAGGACGACGUUACCGACGGGAACGAGCAGAGUGGAAUGAGCAAUGUGCACCGGGGGUAUAAGCCAGUAGCACAGUGCGAAACCCCGACGGAGUACGACGAGGAUGCUAAGCCGGAGACGGACUCCGACGAGGAGAGCACCGUAACGCUACCGGAAACCGGACGCAAGGUCGAGCACAUUGCUCAGAAGCUUGAACAGACCGCGCAGAAGUACGCACGGGGCUUGAGUCCGGCUAAAUUCGUUGAUACGGGGGCUGCUACCGAGCUCAAGGAGGAGUACAAGGACUCUCAGGACGACGCCGAGGGCAGAGGUUACGACAGGGAACGCGAGAGGGAGAGGGAACGGUACUUCGAGAGGGAGAGGAACGUCGAGAAGAAUCGGAGGGUGGAACGAGCUUCGAGUCGACGUUUCGACGAGAGGCCGAGACCGCCGUACGAAGAGGCGCCGGAUCGGCCGAGACUUCCGGCUUACAGGGAACGACGGUAUUCGGAGAAGGAAGAGAUUUACGGGGAGACUACGGCUGGCAGGGGGAGACGUGAGACUUCCGGUGUAGACGGCAAGGAUCGCGGGUACGAGUCUAACUUCGAGACGAAACUGGAGCGCAGCAAAGUCGCGGAGAAGUUGAACAGGGCCGAUCACCGCGGGCAGAGUCCUCUUAAGUUUGACAAAAACGGGCAGAAGAUCGCCGAUCAGAAUGACACGAACAACAACAAUAGCAACAACAACAACACCUUGCAGAAAAACGAGAAACGCUUCGCCCGUCAUGGGAUUGCGAACUUCGAAGUAGACGCCAAGGGGCCGAAACUCGUUAAGCGGACCAAGUCCUUCUGGCGAUUCCGUCGCGACUCGGACGUCCUCGAGGGCAUGGCACUCUGGCAGCAUCGCUCCCUCGUCGACAUACCGAAGAUGAUUAAACGCGAGGAGGCUCUCGAACGACGGGAGGAUCACGCGCGUAGGACCUCGACGCAGGAUCGCGACCAUUCGCCGGGGGAACGGGAACCCGAAGAAGCACAUCGGGCGACCAGGGAACGGCCACGUGACCGGGAAAGGGGGGUGGAGGAUCCGAAACCCGCCGAGAGAAUACACAAGCCGGAAAGAUCCGGGGAACAAGCUUUUGCUGAGGAUUUUCCUACUCCCGCGGAAAGACCGAAGGUCAGCGAAAGGUCCGAGUAUCGGAUGCAGCAGCAACAACAGCAGCACCAGCAGCAGCACGAGGAGCGCGCCUAUUUCGUGGGGAAUAUAUCGAGGAAGGCGAUACUGGAGAAUGAGAGAAAGCGCAGCCUCGAGGCCAAGCAGAAUAUGGUCGUCGCUGAACUGAAGGAGACCAACGAGACGAAGAAAAGCGAACGCCGGAAGAAGGCCUACGGCGACGACGACGACGGUCUCAUUCAGAAUUUCUCCGACACCGAGGCUUCCGACGAAGAGUCCACCUACAGCUGCAUCGUUGUCAAGGAUCAGGUUGUCGCUGAGAAAACUUUACUACCAAGGACCAAACUCCGCAAGGACGGGGACAGGGAUAAAGGGUGGGGACGGGAGAGGGACAGGGAAAGGGAAAGGGACAGAGAUAGGGAUAGGGAAAGGGAAAGGGAAAGGGAAAGGGAGGGAAACACUUGCGGGCCUUGGUACGAUCUCUGGGGGGUCGAUCCUUCCGUAAAGAAUAAGAAACAGUAAAUGCCCGCGGCGUUACGACACGGAGGGGAACGAUCAGGAACAUCGCUUCAUUUUUAUCGUUUGUUAUUGUUUUUUUCAGUUCAUAUUACGUAACGCCUUAUUUUAUUUUUAACUCACCCAUGCCUUCGUCCUUUUCCGUUUGUUUCUGUUUAAUUUUAUGUAAACCACGUGUUCUGG